CACUCUGCAGUAGAGUCUUAGCCAUUUUGUCAAGGACGAAGACAGACAAUAUACAUUACAUCAGAGUGAAAUCCCAGUAGAAUCUGGAACAACGUUGAAUAUGUGGUUUUCUUUACUUUCCUGUUGCGUUUUAGCUUGCAUCGCAUUGCCGACCAAUGCUGUUGAUGAGCCCAAAAUUGAAAUUCUACCAAAUACAGAUCCUCUCAAGGUUCUAGAAGGUGGAAAGCUUGAGAUAACUUGUAGAUAUUCCACCAAGGCGGAAAAACCCAACCCCAACUCUUUGAUCAUCAAGAGAUUAGGAGACCGUCAGGGAGAUAUAGCAAAUGCAGUCAAACUGACCAACCUAGGGUUCGACACCCAUCGAUCAACCAGUCCAGGAGCAACACAGUUUGACUGGACCAUCAUCACUCUCAAAGUCUCCAAAUCAGGAUCUAAACUCACCAUUCAGGAUACAGGCCGUUAUUACUGUAUUUAUGAAGAUGUUUACAAAUUUUUUCAAAAAGAUGUGGAUGUCUUUAGAGUUGUGUCCCCAUCGGAGGUUGUGUACAAUGAGACCAGUAGCAAGCUGAGCUGUGUGCCAGAGUUCAGCACAGAAACAACUGCCAAGGACUACACUCUGUCCUGGAGCAAGAAUGGCUCGCAAUCCCUGGGCGACAGUCUGAAAGACAGAUACUCACUGGAAGGGGACAUGGACCAAAACCUUGUUAUCUCCAAACCUGGUCGCAAAUGGGGAGAUCUUGGUCGCUACCAGUGUGUGUUUACAUUUACACCCUCUCAACAGACUGUAACCAACUACGUUGAUCUCAUCGGACCACCCAAGGUCAAUGAAAAGAGCUUUGACCCAUCCAAGAACUAUGUACAGGGAGACAACCUGAUCCUGAAGUGUCCAGUCACUGGAUACCCCUUCCCCACGGUGUCCUGGCUCCGUGACGGUGUCAUGCUGAACGCAGGCGAUCGUGUCGUUAUCAAUGAUGAAGGUUCAGUGCUCAACGGCAAACUGACCAUCUACAGCCUGGAGUUUUCUGAUAAGGGCACCUACAAAUGUAUGGCCAACUCGACCUACGAGGGAUUCCAGUCCGCCCAUGCUACAACAAUUGUCAGAGUGAAGGACCGCCUUGCCGCUUUGUGGCCAUUCUUAGGAAUUGUAGCAGAGGUUAUCAUUCUCUGUAUCAUCAUCUUCAUCUACGAGAAGAGGCGAGGAAAGCAGAUGGAGGAUGAAGCUGAUUCUCCUGACUACCCAGCUAACACUCAGGACCACCGGACUGAUGAGGUGAGACAGAGAAACGUGAGAACCUAAACAUGUCCAUGGAAACAACUCCAGAUGAGGAUUCGGCCGAGUCCCACAGGGCAUUACAGACCCAGGCUUCAGUUUCAACAAGUCUUUUUAAACAUGUCCAAAGCAGUUUGUGAAAUCUUACUUCAUCAGAUUAUCAUUUAAAGAAUAAGCCUGCAGCUCAAAAAAAAUAAUUCAUGUGUGGUAAAAAUGGUUUCAGAUAAAAGGUAAAAUAGCUUUGAAUGGCCGUGAGAGAGGAGUGUGACAGGGUUAACCGGCCUGGGUCUCCGAUAUAUAUGCUGCAGAUGUUUACACUGGCUUGUGUCCGUCUGUCACAUGCAUUUCUUGUGCGUGUUCAGUAAGAAAGUAAAAAAGAUAAAUGUGAUCGUGCGAAAGUUUUUUAAAAGAAUGUAUGUGAUUUAAGAGUGUUUAUGUUAUAUCUUAAUCUGAAAUAAUCAGGGUUCAUUUGUUAUAAUUAUGAUGAUUUUACUUAUACAUGUACCUAAUUUUAUGUGUUAUUUCCACAAAAUCCUGUGUGGAUAAGUAUUUUGUCAGAUUCACGAACUUUAGAGACUUAAUCUAGAUUGCAUAAGAAAUAAUGAAUGUACACAAUGAUAGGGUCCCUGUGUGUGCUUUGAAAGUGCUACCCAACGCAGUAGCUAGAAUGUUUUAAAACAUCUACAAUUAUCAACUGCAAAUACAUAAUUUAAUAUAUAUAGGUGAUUACAGAGUAAAAUUGUUUUUAAUAAAAAAUCUUAUGUUCUAAAAAAUAUUUAAUAAUUUAAGAAAGAAACUGUAGUAUGACAAAUAACAUUGUCAUGCUAAGGCUUGUAUGAAAAUUCACUGGAAGAUACACAAUUUGUGUUGCUCUUACCUCGUGUAUGUGUGACAUUUCCCUUGUAAUUUUAUACUUUAUAUUAACUGGUAUAUGUGGUAUUCAGAUGGACGCUAUCGUGCCGAUUCCAAUUUUGACAUGAUAUUGUGUGUUGAUUGUUACUCAGUGAUGUUCAAUAAUUUAUAAUGUAUAUAAUAAUACUACAAUGUGUGGUAGCUGAUUUUAUCACAUGUUAUUUCUUUUAGUAUUUAGACAAAAUUAAUAAUAAUUAAUAUGAAACAUUUAUACGUUUUUAAUAUUUGUAAAAUUCUCUGAUAAUAAAUCUAUGUGAAUUUGACGCUAGGCAGGCCUUGCAACUAAGUUCGAUAUAUUUUGCUGUCUGAUACAUCUCCAACAAUAUUCUAGAUUUGGAAAUAAGUAAGCCAUUCAAUGAAAUCUAAUUAAUAUAUAUUAAUUCUCUCAAUAGUAAAUAUGACAGCUUUGCAAGAAAGUUUAAGAUAAGCCUAGGAUUCCAUGCAUAUUUAAGAACUAAGCCACCAAUGUGAUGGUUAUGUUCACAUUCUGUCCAGACACCCUAAAGUUUCUUUACAAACAAAAGGACAUUUAAUCUGCCAUCAAAAUCAAGAAUAACUGCACUGAUCCCUUUUUUUUUUCUUUUUUUUUUAGCUUUUCUUUCUUUCUUUUUUUGUUUUCAAAAAUUCAAACUCUUUCUGAAAAUUCUACAGUGCUCGUUGUUAACAUAAAAUUAUGUGGAGUGAAGUUUUGUGAUUAUCGUGUAUCUAAUCUGUAGGCGAAUCGAGUAACCUACUUGGGUAUGUUUCGUGAUUAACGUGUAUCUUAGCAGUAGGCGAAUCGAGUAACCUACUUGGUAUGUUUCGUGAUUAACGUGUAUCUUAGCAGUAGGCGAAUCGAGUAACCUACCUAGAUGUGUUUUUGACUGAUGUUUAUAAACAGUAAAAAGCUUGGCUUGGUUGUCACUUUGUGUUAAAUGUUAAAUAGACGCAAUAUUCUGGAUCUGUCCAAACUUUAUAUUAACUUGCCUGAUAUACAUAAUUACAUAAAUAUUAAGUAGACAUUUGCAAUUCUGUUAGAUAUAUCAACUCUCUACUGAAUCAUUUUAUUUCAUUGUUAGAUUUCUUUUAUUCAAAAUAUUUAUACAGUAUAUAAAUGCUAUUUCUGAAUGUAUUUUCUGAUCCAAUAUCACUGCAGUAAAUCCUAUUAUCAUCAUUUAGAGGACUCGCAUUCAUGUAUGUUUUGUCGUGAUCAUGUUCAACUCUAUAUAGAUUUAGGUAUAUUUUUUAAGUAGAGGAACAGAUAUUGUGGACUAGAUCUAGGAAGUAUUGUUUAUUAGAGGUACAAGAUGAACCUAAUUAAUCCACCAAAUCUUGAUCAAAUGUUAAAUAGGAUAAUAAAACAUAUCAUCCAGAAUAUUGUUGGUGUUUGCUGUCAGUAGCAUGGAUGGUGGAAUGUUGUAUACCAAAAAAUAAUCGAUGGAUUGGUAGGUUCUCAUAAGUUGUAUAUGAUGUACACAAACUUUUCUCUUAUCCUCUUUGCGCCUCCUUGGGUAUGUUUUCAAUAUGCAUGAUUUUAUUUUGAGUUACAUAUUGUGUCGGCUGAUAAAUUUUUACCCUUAUAAAAACGUGUGUUACACUGAUAUACUCCCAUGAUGCUGAUAUUUCACCAUAUUGUUCCAUUCCAUCUCGAGUGAAUCCUCCCGUGUUCCCUCACCAAAGUAGCUUAGUAUAUCUAAAGGUUUAUGCAAGUUUAAAGACAAGACAUUCAAUUGAAUGUUUUUAAUUUAAAAAAGAAGUAGAAAUUGACUUUCUCGAGUAGAAAAAUCAUGAAAUAAGAUAAAACUUUUUUUUUCAUUUGUUAUUUUUUCCUCAUCUUUAGUCGACUUUCCCAUCUUUAUAUUUUGUGAUUAGAUGAUCAGUUUUGUCACAGUGAAAUAAAAUAGAACGUAAGUGAUGUGUUCCCUACUAACUUUGAUAUCGUAUCAUUUGAUUGGCAGUCAGUAGUGAGUGUACAGUAUAGAGUUGAUAGCCGACGAUCAACACUUCAAUCCAUAAAUCCUCGUAACAUUUAAAAAAUUUCCUUGCCCACUUCAUUAGAAACAUAAAACCAAGGCAAUGCUCCUCGUUCGCAGUUCCGCGUAACAUGCUGUCCAUUCUUGGUAAAUGCAUAUAAACGUUGGUGAGGUAAUUCGGCAGUUUUAUAAAACAGUACAUACAUGAGGAUUUAGGUUCAGUAUUUCGUGUUUUUACUCAAGGAAAGUUUUGUAGUGGAAGUAAAAUGCUGGUGUUUGAUCAUCUAAACCUGCUUGAGAGAGUUCUAGGCAGAAGUUCCUUAACAUGUUGAAAUGUAAUAUAUUAGUGAUUCAAUAAAAAAAAAAUGAAAAUGUAA